AUGGGGUUCACCAGUAGCAGACAGAAGAGGGGAUACCGGUGUUUGUGGUUGGCAGCGAUAAAUAUGGUGGUCCAAAGUACCGCAGAAUGUCCAACAUUUGUGAGAGGCGCAUCCAGUUCGUACAUUGACGUAACGUGUUCCACACAGGGAGUUGCUGUGCUUGUUCAGAACUGGAAUGUUGUAGAGGAAGAAACUCUUAGUGACCACAAAUUUAUUUACUUUGAAAUUACAGGCAGGAACAGCGGGUACCAUGAACGCAUAGAAAAAACCAAAGUACAGCAUGGCAGGGAGACCUUCAGGUCAGUACUAGAGUGGACGGUUUUGUCUACCACCGACAAUUGCAACCCAAAGACGUCCGCAGAGCUCAUCGAGCAAGCCUGUCAGGUGAGCGGGAGGUCUACUAGUAGGUCUCGGAGUUUUGUGCCGAACUGGUGGAACGAAGAGAUCGAUACCAAAAGACGGGCAUGCAAGACAGCCAGCCGGAGAUGUACAAGGCGGCAUAGAAUAGGUUACAUAACCGAGGAAGCGCAACUAUUGGAAGAAUAUAAAAAGGCGAAAAAAGAUCUUCGUCGGGCAAUUGACGCAUCUAGGAAAAAACUAAGGCUGGAGCUGUAUGACUCGCUAAAAGAAGAUAUCUGGGGUGAUGGAUACCGCAUAGUUACUGGAAAGCUAACAAACAGGCUAACAGCGGAUCUGACAACCGAAACCAAGUUGCAGAUUGUUAUGGAGUUAUUUCCGCAUAAGACCGAUAUUCUUCAGGAGGAUCCAACAUGCGAAAACGUAGUGCUUUUUACCCAAGUGGAACUGUUAGAAGCUGCUAGUGCUAUGAAAAUAAACAAGUUACUAGGGAUAGAUGGCAUACUGCCUGAAGCAGUGAAAGACGUAAUCAAAGUGGCGCCUGUGUGGAUGCUAACAAUGCUGAACCUACUACUGCUACUACAGGAGCUUCCAUCAGAAUGGAUAAUUGCUAAGCUCGUCCUCUUGCUGAAAGAGCGUAAAACGGUGGGACACCCUGCGUCCUAUCGGCACAGCUGUUUACUGAAUACACUGAGGAAACUAUAUGAGUGGUUUAUCACGAAAACGCUACAGGAAGAAAUAGUUGAAAGUGGAGGCUUUGCUGAUCAUCAGUAG